AUGAUAUCCACACACACUGUUUUGGAGGAGGAAGGAAAAACAACGGAGAAUUUUGAUGAGUCCAAACCGGUUGAGUACAAGUUGGAGAAAGUCUUCCCUGUUUACGCUGUUGGUGUUUCGGAGCCUGACCCGAGGCUGGUUGCCUCCGUUGCCAAGUCGGGCUGCAAACCCGGCGACCCAAUUUGGGAUGCUGUCAGGGAAGAGGCUAGGUUGGAGGCAGAGAAGGAGCCCAUUUUGAGCAGUUUCUUGUAUGCAAGCAUAAUAUCACACCACUGCUUAGAGCAAGCUCUGGCCUUUGUUCUAGCCAAUCGUCUGCAAAAUCCUACGCUUUUGGCGACACAACUUUUAGAUAUAUUCUCCGAUGUCAUAAUGCGAGAUCGAAUUAUCCAACGUUGCAUUCGCCUUGAUAUACAGGCAUGCAAAGAUCGGGAUCCUUCUUGCUUAUCAUAUUGUUCUGCCCUCCUGUACCUCAAGGGUUACCAUUCAUUACAAGCACAUCGAGUUGCACAUGCAUUAUGGAAUGAAGGUCGGAAAGUCUUGGCAUCAGCGUUACAAAGUCGUAUAAGUGAGGUUUUUGGAGUUGACAUACACCCAGCUGCCAAACUUGGAGAAGGAAUUCUUUUGGACCAUGGAACAGGAGUAGUAAUUGGGGAAACUGCUGUGUUAGGAAAUCGAGUUUCUUUAAUGCAGGGUGUAACCUUGGGAGGCACCGGAAAAGGAACUGGCGAUCGGCAUCCAAAGAUAGGUCAAGGUGCACUUAUUGGAGCCAGUGCCACUAUUUUGGGAAACAUUAAAGUAGGUGAAGGUGCAAUGGUAGCUGCAGGUUCUCUGGUAUUAAAGGAUGUCCCUCCACACAGCAUGGUUGCUGGGAUUCCGGCCGAGGUGAUUGGCUUUGUUGAUGAUCAAGAUCCCUCUUUAACGAUGAAGCAUGAUGCAACUAAAGAAUUUUUUGAAUUUGUUGCUGAUAGCUCCGAUGGAAGUAGAUCUUCUGAAAUGCUUGGUCGUCAUGACUGUGGAUGCACUUCAGGAGAUUCCCGCAAGUAG